UAACUCGACAAGUUCACUGUUCUGUCCAGGCAGUUGUUAUUUUUUAGAGAAAGAUAAACGUUGCGUGUUCUUAAAUCUGAAAAAAAUUAUUUUUGAUUGUAAUGUGUUAACUCUGAGCUUUAACUAUUUAGAUGUGAAAUUCCGUCUUAUAAAAAAAAAUUAUAUAGAAAGGAACUAUGCAGUUAGAAAAAUGAUUUUGAAUAAAUUUAUAAAAUGUGUAAGAGGUGUCAACAUUAAUUAAACCCAUUACCGAAUAAAAGAAGAGUUAGGAUAUAUGGAACAGUGAGGAACAGCAAAAAGGGCAAAAGAUCAAGUAACUCUUAGUGAAGCUUUAUAUUUACAAAAGACAGGUAGUCAAAAGAAUCUAUUUUAUAGAAAUUCGGAAAGGAAAUUAAGAUCGAUUACAUGUCUACAGUCAGUUAGUAAUAUCAAAUGUUCAAGAUAACAAUCAUGUUAAUUAACAUGCCGAGUUGAAAAACUAUAAAUUAUGUAUCGAUUAAAUGCAAAAUAUGGUUGUCUGUUGGCAUGAUUGGACAACUUAUUGGUCAUUGAUAGUCAUCACUUUGGUACACAUUUGUGAUGCUAAUAGAUCUCCCCAAUUUGUUACGGACAAUUGGCAAACUGAAAUUAUAGUUCGGCUUAAAGAAGGGCCAGAAACUCCUAUUGGAAGUCUAAUAUACCGUGUGCGUGGAAUAGAUCCCGAUGGCGACAAACUUAUUUUUGGCGUCCGAGAACCAGGAGAUAAAAUUAUUAAGGUUGAAAAUCAUAGCAAGAAUGAAGCUUAUAUUUACCUGAAAAUUGAACUCGAUCGUGAGGUAAAAGAUGAAUAUUUGUUAGUAUUAACACUAACAGAUGGACGAUUAGGCGAGGGGAAUUUUAUAACACAGAGUUUUUUGUUAAUUGUGGACGAUAUUAAUGAUAAUGCGCCGGUUUUUAAACCAUAUCAAAAUACAAUAUUUGUGCCAGAGGAUAGUCAGCCAACAGUGAUCGCAACAAUCGAGGCUACCGAUGCAGACGAAGGCCCGUAUGGACAGGUGGUAUACUACCUUCAAGAUACAGAUGCUCUAGAAAGUGGUCUAUUUGCAAUUUCCACCGUAAAUGGUCAAGGCGUGAUACGCCUUGUAGGAAGUUUAGAUUAUGAGAAAUCUUCAUUACACCAGCUAAAAAUUUUAGCCGUUGAUCGGUCAACUGUGGAAAAAAGAAACACUGGUACAGCAGCUAUUUUUGUAAAAGUUCAAGAUGUAGAAGAUCAACCACCAGAAUUUGUAGUUGUCACACCAGUUGCUAGAGUAAGCGAAGACGCUCCGGCAGGAACUUCAAUACUUCAAGUAAAAGCAAUUGAUGGUGAUCGCGGAGUAGAAAAUCGUAUUAUUUAUUCAAUUACACGGGGUGGAAAUGGAUUGCUUGAAGUGGAACCUAACUCUGGCAUUGUCUAUACUACUGGUGUUCUGAAUCGAGAAGAUCCUUCUAUCAUUAAAACUGGAGCUAUUAUCAUUGAAAUUAUGGCAACAGAAGAUUCAAGAAAUAUUUUUCCCAAUCCAUCAACAAAAACUGAGGUCACUGUUAUUGUGACAGAUGUCAAUGAUGAAACUCCUAAAUUUAGGAGUGGUUAUUACAUAGCUGAAAUUAAUGAAAAUGCUCAACAAAAUACACCAGUUAAUUUCUUAGGAGAUGCUAUACCACAAGUAUAUGAUUAUGAUCAGGGUAAAAAUGGCACUUUUCGAUUGCGUAUACAACAAGGUCGUUAUGGAUACUUUGAUGUUACACCGUCAGAAGGUAUAAAUGAAGCAUCGUUUCUUAUACGUGUUAACAAAACAGUCGAUUUAGACUAUGAGCUCAUCAAAGUAAUUAAUUUCACUCUUGUGGCAAUUGAAACGAUUCCUAAAAAUCCAAAAUAUAGCAUAGUUCCUGUUGCUGUGUACCUAAGAGAUGUUAAUGAUAAUUACCCAGAAUUUUCCCAUCCAAUAUAUGAAGUUUUCGUUUCAGAAAACUCCGUUUCAGGUAAGACGAUCGGUAGAGUUGAAGCGACAGAUAAAGAUUCAGGAUUAUUCGGUACAGAGGGCAUACGAUAUACAAGUAUUAGAGGAAGUUGUGCCGAUUCUCUAUCUUUAAAUGCGGAUACUGGAGAAAUUAUAAUAAAAUCCGAUAAACCUGUAUUCGAUCGAGAACAAAUUUCAAAACAUUUUUUGACUAUUGAAGCACGAGAUGACUUAGGACUUGGAAAUAGAAAUACAGUACAAUUAAUAAUUAAUGUAGAUGAUAUUAAUGACAACGCACCAAGAUUCCUUUCAUCAAAAUAUGAAACACGAAUGAAAGAAAAUCAUUUAAUUUUUGAGUCACCAGUUAUUAUUGAAGCCAGAGAUUCAGAUUUAAAUGGUACAAAAAAUUCAGAGAUCGCUUAUCGAAUCAUACAUACUGAUUAUCCAGGAGAUGUAUUUUCUAUUGAUCCGAUUACAGGUGUUCUAAAACCUAAAAGACCAGUUGAUUUUGAAAAAUUACAAAAUCGUAAAAGCACUAAUAAUAUAAAUGGAAAUCUUAGACCAAUUCACGUAGUAGUUCAAGCUCAAGAUUACGGAGUACCACCAUUAGCCGACGAAGCUCAUGUAAUUAUUUAUGUAGAGGAUGUUAAUGAUUUUGGACCAAAAUUUGAAAAUCCUAGCUACGAAACUUCUAUUUCAGAAGAUUUGGCUGGCGGCAGCACAAUUUUACAGGUUAAUGCUUGGGAUGAAGAUGGGUCAGCUCCAAACAACGUAAUUGUAUAUAGAUUGAGUAGUGGUGCUGAGGAUAAAUUUGUAAUAGAUGCCUAUUCUGGUGUUAUUAAAGUUGCGCAUGGCGCUUCAUUAGAUCCAGAUAAAACCCAGCCUAAAACUGAUGUAUAUAACCUAAAAGUUAUAGCGAUUGAUGGUGGAAUCGGUGAUCAACAGCUUAGUUCUUCUGUAAAUGUGACAAUAAAUAUUCAAGACGUCAAUAAUAAGGUUCCUUUAUUUAAAAAAAUAGAACCUAUUUAUAUCAAGGAAAACAAAGAGGUAGGCAGUAUAAUAACAAAAGUAGAAGCUGAAGAUCCAGAUGCAAAACCAAUAUUAAGAUAUAAAAUUGAUAUUGAUACUUCUGAAGCCCGUAAUGAAAAUGGUGUAGUUGUUAGUCCGACAGAGUAUGAUUGGCCUUCAGCAUUUUCUUUGAAUCCCGUGGAUGGAUUUCUUAGAGUAGGAAAAUUAUUGGAUAGAGAAAAGGUUGAAAUUAUUCGACUUACUGUAAUCGUUGAAGAUAUUGCAGCAAUAAACGGUGUACAAUUUGCGGAGGGUUUUUUAAUUAUUCACGUUGAUGAUGAAAAUGACAAUUCACCGAUAUUUCGUCAAGAUUUUUACAAGCGAACCGUAAUGGAAAACAGCCAACCUGGUGUACCUAUCAUAACAGUAUUAGCAGACGAUGCUGACAAAAAUCGAACAAUUCAGUACUUCAUUGAAGAAUCAUCUACAGAUGUGACGGAUUUAAUUAGACUAGAUCCUGAGUCCGGAGAAAUCGUUGUAGCUGGUCGCAUCGACCACGAGCAAUUAAGUUGGAUAAACAUUACAGUUCGGGCUUCAGAUAAUGGGAUCCCAAUCAGAUCAUCAUUUACAAAUGUAGCAUUACGGGUAAUUGAUGAGAACGACAAUAAUCCAUAUUUUACUGAUGAAACACCUAAUAAUAUCACCAUUCCAGAAAAUACUCCAAUUGGAACUUCAAUUGCUACAAUGAUAGCUAUGGAUGCAGAUUCUAGUGAUUAUGGUAAAGUCACAUAUUUAUUGGAUCGCUUGUCUUCUCAGGGUAAAUUUACCAUUGAUACUAAUACUGGAAUUUUAAGAGUAGCUGAUGUAUUGGAUCGAGAACAAUUAAGUACAUAUAACUUAAUUGUUGAAGCAUGGGACAAUUAUCAAUAUGGUUAUGUUUCAGGUGAAAGUCGAAAUGCUUUUAAGCAAAUUAUGGUAACAGUUUCGGAUAUAAACGACAUGGCUCCAGGAUUCGAACAUUUACCAACUGAAUGCGUUGUGGUUACAGAAUUUCACACAGUUGGUGACAUUAUCUUAUUAGUAAAAGCUAAUGAUGCAGAUGAUCCCAAUACAGUAAAUGGACGAAUUUCAUUUUCUAUAGAAGACGGUAAUGAAAGAGAGCUUUUCGCUAUUUAUAAUGUCGACUAUUGGUCAGGACGGUUAUAUACAACAUCAUCGUUAAGAAACUUAUACGGAAAUUAUAGUUUAUUAAUAAGAGCUCAAGAUGGGGGAACUCCACAAAAGUCAAAUUUAGCGACUAUUAAUGUAUGUGUCAUAGACGUUAAUGACAAUGCACCACGAUUUGUUUCACCUCCAUACAAUGCUACAGUGAGAUUACUUCAAAACAUGACUGUUGGUAGUUCUAUUAUUUCGGUUGAGGCAAUUGAUGACGAUGUUGGUCAAAAUGCUGAAAUUAGAUAUCGUCUCAAACAAGAUCUUAUGGGUGAUUGGAAAACUUUUUCCAUUGAUGAAGUUACAGGAUUAAUUUCGUUGAAAAAGCCACUUAAUAAAGAAGUUCAAAAAAUGUACCAAAUUCGCGUUGAAGCUUAUGAUCUCGGUAUACCGACGCCAUUGUCGUCUGACCUAGAACUCACGAUACACGUUAGAAGUUCUAACGAUUUUCAACCUCGAUUUUUAAUUAAUGAGAUUACUGUGAAUUUUACUGAGCAUAGAGAACCUGGUGCUGAAUAUUGGCAACUCAUUGACACUGUUGAACGUGAAGAUUUGAAUGAUUUAGAAAAGCCUCCAUCUUCAGUAUGCUAUUAUGUAAUAUCAGGGAAUGACGAUAAUUUAUUCAUAAUUGAACCACUUAAUCAUAGAAUAUCUGUUGCUGGUGAGCUCGAUCGUGAAACUAAAGAUAAUUAUGAUCUAAUGAUAAAAGCUAGUGAAGAUUGUUUGCAUUCACCACCGGUUAACAAUGUUUAUAAUAAAGACGAUGACAGCUUACUUAAAGUGUCUGUAGUUGUAAAUGACAUAAAUGACCACGCCCCCGAGUUUAUAAAGAGAAUUUUCACAGGUGGCGUAACUACAGAAGCAGAUUUUGGUAAUGAAUUUAUGCAUGUUAAGGCGAUUGAUGCUGAUAAAGGAAUCAACUCCGAACUAUCUUAUUAUAUAGUCCCGAAUUCUUUACGUCUGUCUUUAGCUGAAGGAUUAGACAGUAUACAAUAUCCACCUUUCUUAAUAGAUAUUUCAACAGGAGCUAUAUAUUUAAAUUUCGAUCCUCAAAAAGGAAUGAAAGGCUACUUUGACUUUCAAGUAUUAGUAAACGACACUGGUGGUUUAUAUGAUGUUGCCAGGGUACUCAUUUAUUUGCUUCGUGAAGAUCAAAGAGUUAGAUUUGUUGUACGACAAAACCCUUCGCAAUUACGGGAAAAAGUUGAUAUUUUCAGAGAGAUUUUGGGUAACGUAACAGGAGCUAUAGUGAACGUAGAUGAGUAUAAAGUUCACGAAACAAAUGACGGUAGAGUUGAUAAAACAAGAUCGGAUAUGUAUUUGCAUUUUGUAGACCAUCGUGAUAACUCAAUUAUGGAAGUACCUCACGUUUUGCGUGUGAUAGAUGAAAACAUUGAACACUUGGAUACUUUGUUUAAAGAAUUUAAUGUUCUGGAUACACAAGCAGCAGAACCUGAACCGUUACGUAGAGCGUUCAUCAAAGAAGAUAACGUGAUUUGGAUGUGGCUUAUCGGUACUACAUUUUUCUUGGGAUUGCUACUUGUUGUCGUCAUUUCUAUUUGUUUAUCACAACGUUCACAUUAUCGUCGUCAACUCAAAGCGGCCACGAUUAGUGCAUUCGAUCCUAGAACAUCCGAUCAUGUAACAUCGGCAGUAAUUGGUGGUAGAGUUCCUAAUACUAAUAUACAUAGUGUAGCUGGUUCUAAUCCCAUGUGGAUGCAAGCAUACGAAAACGAAUGGUACAAGGAUAGAGAAUCAUUAAGUCAAACUUCAGAACGUGAUUCAUUAGAUGAUAAUACUACAACCAGUACUACAUCUCCACAACCAAUUGAACGUUCAACAACAACAUUAUUUAUUAAAAGCAAUGAUUGUGCAAUUCAUACUGAUUCAACAAAUGAUUAUUGUGAACGUACAAGAAUAACAGUGAAAAAUUUAGAAACUACAGAAUUAUGAGAUGAAGCACAUCUGAUAGUAACCAGAAAGACUUAUCUACAUAGUAUUGCUCAAACUUUGCAAAAUACAACGAUUAGUCUAAUAUUAUAGAACUUAAUUAUCGAAUAUAAUUUACCAUAAAAUAUUAAAUAUUAUUGAAUAUAUUCCUAUGUAAAAAACAUAACAAUAUGAUGAAAUUUUUAAAUGCUUUAACGGCGAUGUGUAACAUUUUUUAUAUUCUAUUAUUUCGUAUCAUAAGUUUUAUCUAUAUUAUUUUUUACACAAAUCUUUUUAUACUUUAUUAAUUCACAAAAUAAUAGGAUGACUUUAAAUUUUGAAAACGACUACUUCGAUGUCAACAAAUUCUCUCACGUAAAUUCUUAUACUUCCUAAUUAAAUCACUAUACAUGAAGAAUGUGCAUUUUUUACUUGUGUGUUAUUACUAUGAAAAUAUUAUGUCCAAUUUAAAAAUGUCACGAAGUAUCAUUUACAAUUUUGACUAACAAUCAGAGUCGGCACUUGGAGUGUGUGAUAUGUACCUCUGCACUUUAAAGGGCUUCAUAAACUAAGUAGAUGUGUAAAAGAAAAAUAAAAAUAAUUUUUUUUUGUAAUGGAAAAUAGCAGCAUAAAAUUAUUUCGUAUAAUGUCCCGCUAUUUCUAAUGCUGGUCCAGCCAACAGCCAUACAUUUUAUUUAAAAUAUUUAUUUUUGUUCAUUUCCUUAUAUUUUUAUUAUUAAUUAUAAUUAAAAAUAGAUAAGUACAUAAAUUAUUACAAUACAUUUAUAUGUGUAAUUUUUUUUUAUAAAUUGUUAUUUUAUAUUGUAAAAUGUAUAUAGUUUAAAUCAAAAGUUUUU